UCUGCCUCUCUAUCAGUGCAGUAACUUUGUGCUUGUUGAACGCUGUCAGGAGAACGGAAUGUGUAGUAGUAGGUUAAGCUCAUAGGACACAAACGGGUAGACUUUGCUUGGGUGCUAUUUUCUGUUAUUUGUCCAACUGUCGACUGGGAUGCACUAUUGGAGACUUGAAUUAGGGAUAAUACCCCUCUUUUCGCCAGUUUGGCAGCUAUCUUCUCUUUUCUAAACGCGACAGUGUGACAGCAAAGUGCCAUGGGCUAUCGCGAAUAAAAGAACUUGCGAGGACGAGGACGGUAGCGGUGAAAGCGACUUUUGAGCAAGAACCGAGACGUAAUUUCUGCUGAUUUUACGGGAGCUCAGACACGGCUCUCGGGUCUUCGCCUCACCCCCUUCCUUCCCGUGGACUGCGAUUUUGACAGCUGGAUAUUGAUUGCGCGACGGAGAUGCGUUUGUUGCGUGACGCCAGAUCACUUUCUUCACGGCAGCACCGGAGCUGUCGGUUACAGUAGCCUAGUAGGCUUUUACAUCACUGCGACGUGAGUGCAGCACAAUUGACCGCGGUGCACAUCCGUGGAACCAAGGUGGUCAAGAGUGAAUGGAGAGAGUGUUUAAUCAACGUUUUGGAUUGACUGAAGGCUGCUAACGUUGAGGAGCGCAACACUGCAGUGUUGGACAGGGGAAGACGCGCAUAUUGAUGGAAUGCGCCUGUAAAAGUCCGACUCCAGCUCUUUCUUGACUCAAUCACAAAUCAGACAAGGCAGUCAGUGGGACACACAGGCGCGCGCGCACACACACACACACACAGGUCAAGGCGAUGGCGGACCCGACAGCCCCGGACUCGAUUCCGACGCUUGACGUCGUUAUCGACCCGGAUUUCGAGCCCCAGAAGCGGCCAAGAUCAUGUACCUGGCCCCUGCCAGAGUCCAUCGCGGCCAAACCAGAGGCGACGGACACAGACAUUAUUCCGGAGGAAGAGGAUGACGAAGAGGACAGCGCAAUGACCAUCAACAACAAUGACUCCAGCAUGGUCGAGGAGGAGCAGGGCAGCCCGGGUCUGGUAGCCGACGGAUUGCACUCGGCAGCCGGUCAGGAAAGCGGAGGCUCUCCGCUCCCAUCGCUCUCACCCGGUGGCGCGGGCAGUGGGAAGUCCACCGGCGGCGGGGGCGCCCCGGGCAGCCAGCAGCAGACACCCCGAAAGUCCUCUUCUCGCCGAAACGCGUGGGGCAAUUUGUCCUACGCGGACCUCAUCACUAAAGCCAUAGAGAGCGCCCCCGACAAGAGGCUCACCCUGUCCCAAAUCUACGAUUGGAUGGUGCGAAGCGUCCCAUACUUCAAAGACAAGGGAGACAGCAACAGCUCUGCUGGGUGGAAGAACUCCAUCAGGCACAACCUGUCGCUCCACAGCCGCUUCAUCCGCGUGCAGAACGAGGGCACGGGCAAGAGCUCCUGGUGGAUGCUCAACCCCGAGGGGGGCCGGGGGGGCAAGGCCCCCCGCCGGCGCGCCGUCUCCAUGGACAACGGCAACAAGUACACCAAGAGCGCGCGCGGCCGGGCCGCCAAGAAGAAGGCCGCCUUGCAGGCGGCGGCGGCGGCCUCCGGGGAGGGGUCGUCCGGGGAGCCCAACGGCCUGUCCAAGUGGCCCGGCAGCCCCAUGUCGCGCAGCAGCGACGAGCUGGACUCCUGCUGGACCGACUUCCGCUCGCGGACCAACUCCAACGCCAGCACGCUCAGCGGGCGCCUGUCGCCCAUCCUGGCCAACCCGGAGCUGGACGAGGUGCCCGACGACGAGCUGGGCCCGCCGCUGUCGCCGAUGCUCUACUCGAGCCCCAGCAGCCUCUCCCCGCCCUCGUCCUCCUCGUCCUCGUCCAAGCCCGGCGGCGAGCUGCCCCGGCUGGCCGACCUGGCCGGCACCAUGAACCUCAACGACGGCCUCGCCGAGCACCUGCUGGACGACAUCAUGGACAACAUCGCCAUCGUCACGGCGUCGGUGGUGACGCCGCAGGCCGGCGGGCUGAAGACGACGGUGGGGUUCGGAGUCGGACUGCCCGGCUCCAAGGGCUCGCCUCCCGGAACCUCCCCUAGCCCCGCCAGCCCGGCGUCCACCCCGGCCGUCAACGGGGUCGUCGGCGGGGUCGGCGGCGGCACGUUCGGCAACUCCCUGUUCGGGCCGCCGAGCGGCUCGCUGCGCCAGUCGCCCAUGCAGACCAUCCAGGAGAACAAGGCCACGUCCUUCAGCUCGCCCGCGCCGGGGUCCGCCUCGCUGCGCUUCGCCAACGCCACGCUGCAGGAGCUGCUCAACGCCGACCCGCUGGGGCCGCACGACGUCAUGAUGACCCAGUCGGACCCGCUCAUCUCGCAGGCCAGCUCGGCGCUCAGCUCGCGCGGCAGCGCCGGACGCGGCUCGCUCAACGGCCUGCUGCUGCUGCGCAACGACCCCAUGAUGUCAUCAUUCAGCGCCGGGCUCAACGGCAGCGGCGGCAACCAGCUCCAGAACGGCCAUCUCCAGCACCACCAACAGAAUCUCCAGCACCAACAGCAACAGCAGCACAAUCACCACAACCACCACCAGGGUAACAACACCAAGGGCUCGCUCCGAUCCUUGUCCAGCAACGGGCCCCUCAGCCUGGCCAACGGCGCCAACAACCUGGCCUCCGCCAAGCAGCAGCUGGCCCAGCUGAGCGAGGCCACCACGGCGUCCCUCUUCAACGGGCUCAACGGCGGCACCGUGGGCCUGGGGCUGGGCUCCUGCCUGCCGUCCUCGCUGGCCUCCGACGCCUUCCCCUCGGACCUGGACCUGGACAUCUUCAGCGGGAGCCUGGAGUGCGACGUGGACUCCAUCAUCCACAGCGACCUGAUGGACGCCGACGGGCUGGACUUUGACGCGCUCGUCAACUUCGACGCGCUCCUGAGCACGCAGAACGCCGUCAACCUGAACCCCAUGGUGGGCAACCUCAACGGCAGCAAGGCCGGCAGCCAGAGCUGGGUGCCCGGUUGAGGGGACGCGGGCCAGGACUAGCAGGGAGGUGGGCACAUGAGCAGAUCGAGACUCAGGCCUUUGGUGCAGCAGAAAAUAAACAAAGACGACAAUAACCAAGUCAGACUCACGCCAUCCCUUGCCAAACCUUCACUAAGCACCAAAGUCUGUUUACAGAACAUACAAACCUCCAUAGACCUGUCCCCUAUCGCACACACAAAACACAUACACACACACAUACACCACAUUGGUUUGCUCUCGGAUUCCCUCUGAACUCAUUGACGACAAAGGAGGACACCACAGAGGCAAGCUCCUUUGGAAAUGAUGCAACCCUUUCUGGAGAAAGGCCAAGGACGUUAGCCAUUGAAAGACUCUAGAGACUUAUGUUUGGGGGAUCUUAAUGAGCAAAGGAGCUCGAAGCAUUGCUUGAAGGACUUAACAAAACGUAGCUGUAGCCCUACCUGUAAAAAGAGCUCAAGAAAAACUAACGUUGAGUAGUUACUUGGUGUUUACCGUGCUAUGUGGUUUCCUGAAGGUUUUUUUUUUUUUGUCUUCCCUCCCGAUUGUGUUGUUUUCAAAGAUGAUCUCUGUGAUUUAAAUGUUUGUUUGACCACCAUCACCCUGCUUCCUUUCGUUUUGGGUUUGGACAAGUCACAGAGGAAACUGAAGUGACACGUAAACGCACACACACAUGCACGCACGCACACACACAUACACAAACACAAACACACACACACACACACACACACACACACACACACAAUAGCUGAAUAUCAAGACCAGCACGCUCAGGAGAACUCUAUUGUCAUGAUAAUUGGUGCACUUCUGAUUGUGUUGUUUUGUUUUAUCUUGUUUUUUUCUUUAUACAUUGAUUAGUUCAAGACUCAAAUGAACUAAUGACAGACUAUUGUUCUGAUCAAGUUAACACAUUAUCUUAGUUUAAUACUAUAGGAGAAUUUAUUAUUGUUUAUGCAUACUGUAUGUAACUGUAAAAAGAGUGUGAUCUGUCCAGAUUUUCCUUGGAAUGCUCAUUGUUAAGAUGCUAAGCUAGCUAGCAAGCUAACUUGCAGGCGCGUAUAAGGGGUAAUAUGAGUGUAAAAUGUAGCCAAAUGUUUAAAAAAAAGAUUGAAAAGGUGUACGUCCUAACAUUGUGAACAUUACCAGGCCAUACCAGGUGCUAAUCCUUCAGUGUUGAUGAGCCCUGUCCUCUGCACGCGGGCUUGUAUCAAGAUCCCGCUCCCCUUUGAGGACGUAGCAUUAUUGCUAGCGAUAGCGCUUCAAGUCAGCUGUCAGCAUGCGGAGACGUUCCCAGGCAGCAAGAACAGACUUCCUCCCGGAAGCCAUUUUUACUGAGCAGAAACAAUAAGCUAUCUUUUGUACAUUUUGCCAAAACUACUUGAACAUGGCGAGGACGCUGGCAGCCAAAAACAAAAGAGGAAGCUAAAAACAAACCACCUGAUACAGGAUAACUCUUACACAUACAAAUACACACACACACACACACACACACACACACACACACACACACACACACACACACACACACUUACACCAAAAAACAUAUAUGUAACAGGAGUGUUUACUUUCCCUGUCUCUGUGGUGUGUUGUGUGGUUAAUUGAUGGGACAAUCAGUAAGCUGCCUUUAUUGCGCUGGUCUCUGUUGCUAGGCAGUAUCACGAGAGGCAGAGACGGUGAACUAGCUGACUAGCAUCCCUAUACACUUGCUGUGAUGGUAACACAAAAAUGUGAUCAAGAUCAGUUUUUUUCUCCUUUUUGUAGAUAAAACAUUUAUAUUCUGACGAUAUUGACAGCCAAAUUGGAAAUGUCUGUCAUUGAUGUCUGGUCAGACUUCUGCUCACUGUAAUCAGUAAAAAAAAAAAGCAUGACCCUCAGUCAAUAUUGUCAAUAUACUUCCAGAUGUGCAAAGGUAUGGCAAAAUAUGGACACCCCGAACACCCCAGAAUUGAUUUGAAAGGGGAAACACGACUCCACAGUAGGGAGAUUCAGGGAAACAAAUCAAACCCUGUUACAUAGUAAACACAUGCAGCAUUCACACACACACACACACACACACACACACACACACACACACAUACACACACACAAACAUACACACACAGUGGAGAUGAGGGACUCGAUCCAAUAUGCAACUGCAUCAUCGGUGCUCAGGGGGAGAAGGCGUCACCACAGCAACACCGUGACCCCAUCUUGAUCUUUCUGCAGUCUGGUUGUACAGAAUUACUUAAUGGGGAAAAAAAGAAACAAGAAGAAAAAAAAAAGACAAUUGCAGUGUUCAGCCAUGUGCUGUAAUCAUCCGGAAGAAAGAGAAGGAAAAAAGAUCAUCCUGGACUUUACUUCUUCUUUUGUUUUGUUGCUGUUUCUGGUUGCUUUUCCAGGUUUAACUUGGUUUUCUUUCUCUCUCCCUUCUAUAUUCUCCCUGGGUCAAAGCACCACAGUCUAUGCUGGGACAACUCUCACACAACAUUGCUCUGUUUAGUUUUGUUUCAUUUUCUGUUUUUGUUUCUCAACUCUUCCCGACUCUCUGCGAGGAAGUGAUCCUUGGUACUGCAUACGUCCAUGUAUGCAUGUGUGUAAAUAUGCCUAUGCAUCUUGUCAAAUACAUGUAUGAAUAUAUACUUGUUAUCUCAUGCUUUUCUCAGUGGUGUAGUUCCUCGGUGGUGAAGCCGGCUCACCUGCCAAGGGUGCCGUGCUGGGUGGAUGGGUGGUGUCAUAUGGGUGUGAAGACGGAAGGGAGGCCCCCAGUGUUGUAGGUUGUGAACAAUCCCCCUCAGGGCCAGUUGGGCAAUGGGUGCGUUUCUAGACCACAAACAACGCUGUUACAUUGAUGUUUUAGAACUAAAACAGUGCUGUACUGAAUGUUUCAUGUUUCCAGUGAAAUGUUUUUGUUUGUUUGUUUGUUUGUUUGUUUGUUUUGUCUUUGUUUUGCUCCAGACUACGCCUACGCACGUAGCAGAAAACAUCGGUGGAUGAUUUAAAAACAAGCAAGUUUGUGUAUAAAACAUCUCUCGAAUAUACAAUAUAUCAAGAUGACACAAAAUGUUCCCGGUGAACUUAUAGUUCCUUUGUGCAGCCAAUGAAAUGUAGCAGGGACACUCUACCUAUAGUAACUGUACCCCUGACCAGAACUCACAAAAACAGGAAGUGGGUCGUCCAGCAUGGCUUGUUGUGAGUGUCACCCAGCAACGCCUGAAUACAGCAUGAGUACCCACCGGAUAGUAACCGACUCCGACUCCGACUGUUUUGGAGUUAAAUGUCAUCCGAGUAUGCCCUUUCAUCUCACUUUUGUCACACACACACAUACACAUUCAUACGUACUUUUACACAUACAUGGAUAUUGUGGGAUCACACAGGCCUCACAAUUUCAUUACUUGAGUUUUCUCCAGUUCGGCGAGACGCGACUUUUUGCACUGUUUGUUGCUUUUUUUAUGGAGUAUAUCUGAUAGCCAGACAAAAGUGAAGAAUUUCGGGAGACAGAAGUGUAAUAUUCCCGUCCAACCCAGGAGCACGACAGGUUCCUUCUGGAUCCCCAACCCUCAACCAAUGACCCCAACCUUAAACCUUGACCUUGACCUUGACCCUAUAUCCUGGCUUGCACACUGUGGUUUGUGUAUUCGCUGAGGUACCUGGGCAGAUAAUUGCACAGAGAAGAGGGCUAAAGAAGGCAGUAAAAUAGAUGUGUUUGUAGGGAAGGGGAAAGCACAUUCACUCUGCCUUGAGUCCUAGUCUAUGUGGUAACAAAUCUGCAUCCUGACCACCAUCAAAGGCCAGACUCGUGGAUAGUCGGAGCAGUCAUACUCUGACACAGCGUUUAAUGUAGGAAGUGGACAGUGGUGGGCUUUGUUGUGUCCACUUCAAGUGUAAAGGUCCUUACCCAGGGCGGUGCCAACCACAGCAACUAAACCAGUGCCAAUUAACCGUACACGCAAGAGCGAGAGCUACUCUCCUCUCUCUCUCUCUCUCAAGUGAGUCAGACAACCCUCUUGUGAGGGCGAAUUCUCCUUCCCCCAAAUAUCCACAAAGAAACAUUUCAGUUGUCUCCCACAGAAAGGUGGGGGUGGGAGGUGGGCGCAGAGAUGCACCUCCCAGGGCAGCUGCAUCAGGAACAGUUUCUUUUUGCUCAGAUUUGGCCUGGACCUUGGACUGAUCCGUCUUUGGGUCCAUUGCUCUUAGCGAGUUAGCUAGCUAGCGUGGUGACAGUAGAGUCGUUCAUCUUUCAGUCUGGUGCUAACUCCACAUAGGCCUCUUGCACACUGUCCAGCACCACUGAUGAUUUCAGAGUACCACUACUCUCCCCAAGAGAAGAUGACUCUCUUGUCUACACCUGACACUUGACCUUUUGUCCUUGAUCCUUGACCUCUCAACCCCAUCCUCCCUCCCCCCCCCCCCCCACAGUAGUAUGGCUUCUGUAUUUGAUGUUAGUGGGUAUUUUUCCUGUGUACUCUGUUUUCAAUUGUAAUCUAGUUUGUAUAAGACAUGUUGCGCAUGUAAAUAAAGCUUGGUGAAGCUCA